AUGCCACGACAUCUUCUACACCGACGCGACUUUUCAGACAACAUCACCAUUCAAACUCUAGUACUCUCAAUUGCAAUAUCCUUCGCUUUCCUCGUCACCAUAUUACUAUUUAUUCUCGUUAUACGUGGUCACAUGAAGAAUCUUCGACUGAGAACAAUGAAAAUGUGGUCGAAAAAUAAAAAUCGAAAGAAUCAAGUUAAAGAUGAGAUUCAAAUUGCUUCUGCGAUACUUGAACGCGAAUUACAGCAACAAAAACCUCGUCAUCAGCAACAACAAAUUCCUUCUUCCCCUACCACGAACGCAAAAAACAAUAAGAGUAAACGUUCAAUUUCGUUUAGAGAUUCAGCUGAAAUUAUAUCAACUAGAUCAUCGACUCCCUUAUUGCAUUGUGCACAAGAAUUUCGAAGCAGUAACGUAGAAAAAACAACCGAAUCGGUGAAUAAUUUUAUAACCAAUAACAACAACAUAAAUAAUAAUCACGAAAUUGUUCAUAAAGAAAAGGAAGAUCCUCUCGAAAACGAAGAUGAAAAGGAUCCGAGUUUCGAAGAACAAGAAGAAACUUCAAUUAUUGGACAAGAAACACUCGGCAUAUUUCAGCCUUCAGGUACCGAAAGAUUUUUAUUGUUCGGAUUCAACAAUGAACGACGCGAAUCUGCUAUUAUUAUAACCUGA